UGAGCCUUGCGGUUCACAAUCUCUUCUCGUGCUCGCGUUUGUAUCGCAGUUGACUUCUGCAGCUCGUAAACAGUAGCUCCCAAAACCUUAACUCGUUCAGAAUGGCCAACCAUUUACUGCUCUUCGUUCUCAUUGCCCUUCCCAGCGUCAUUUACGCCGAUAAACUUCUUGCGGUUGCUGCAUGCCAGAGAGGAGGAAACUAUGGAACUGGAACUAUCAAGGAAGUCCGUAUCACUCCGUGCCCCGAGGCUGCCCAACGCCGCCCAUGCAUUUUGAAAAAGGGAACCAAUGUCACCAUCGAAGUUGAUUUCGAACCGACUGUCGCAGCGACCGCAGUCACUGGAAGAGCUUUCUGGGCUAACAGAAUGCUGGAGCUUCCUCUGCCCAACAUGAAUACCAACGCUUGCGCAACUAUGAAGUGCCCCCUGCAACCCAAUGUUGCCCAAACCUACACCUACAAUCUUCCCGUCAGCCGAGGAUUCCCUACGCGCCGCUACGAUGUGAGAUGGAAAUUGACCGCCGCCCCCUUCAACAUGUGCUUCCAGUUCCCCAUCCAGAUUUUGAACUAAAUAGCGGGAAAUGGCGGUGCUUUAUACAUAUAAGACGACCCCACUGAAUAAAAGAAUCGCAAGCCUUUGAAGAUCUUUACACUGAAAUCGUGCCAUGAUCGAUUCUAGCAUUUAUAUUGCUGCAAUUUUUUAAAAAUUAACCUGUACGAAUUGGGAAAAAUUUUGUGUCACAUCUUUUGGUGGAGGUAUCGACUGUUAUUAUAGGCAGGCCUAUUACGAAAUGCUUUUCUUCAAUGAUUUCAUAAUCCAACAUUGAAUAAAAGCUUAUUAUAGAGAGGACGAGUCGUGUGAUGUAGCUAUAUUCUUAUACCGGCGCUGUUUGGGCAAUACAGUUUCAUAAAGGGA